GAGGCGCGCGGAGGCGGGCGCGGCGCACACUGCUCGGGGCGCGCGGAGGAGCUGCCCACGUGUCUGCCCUGAGUCGAGCCCUGUGUUCCUCCCGCUCCUUGCGCCCCCUCGGUCCCCCUGGUGUUUGCCCCCCGCUCCCGGCCCGCGUGAGCGGAGCCCCGCGCAGUGCCCUGCGCUCAGGGGCCAACUUGGCCAAGCAACUCUGUCCCGAGAGCGGCGCUUGGGGGGACGGGGCACUGCGCAUGCGGAGCUCCAAAUUCAAACAGCUGUUUCCAGGGGCCCGAGGGCCGGCGACCCGGAGCCGCUCCGGCUAGGGGGCUCUCUGUGGCAGGCGGCCGCUCGGGAGCCAUGGUGGACCGGGGCCCUCUGCUCACCUCGGCCAUCAUCUUCUACCUGGCCAUCGGGGCGGCGAUCUUCGAAGUGCUCGAGGAGCCGCACUGGAAGGAAGCCAAGAAAAAUUACUACACACAGAAGCUGCAUCUGCUGAAAGAGUUUCCAUGCCUGGGCCAGGAGGGUCUGGACAAGAUCCUGCAGGUAGUUUCUGAUGCUGCAGGACAGGGCGUGGCCAUCACAGGGAACCAGACCUUCAACAACUGGAACUGGCCCAAUGCCAUGAUUUUUGCAGCCACGGUCAUCACCACCAUUGGCUAUGGCAAUGUGGCCCCCAAGACCCCCGCCGGUCGCCUCUUUUGCGUCUUCUAUGGUCUCUUCGGGGUGCCACUCUGCCUGACAUGGAUCAGUGCGCUGGGCAAGUUCUUCGGGGGACGUGCCAAGAGGCUGGGCCAGUUCCUCACCAAGAGAGGCGUGAGCCUGCGGCAGGCACAGAUCACGUGCACGGCCAUCUUCAUCGUGUGGGGCGUCCUGGUCCACCUGGUGAUCCCGCCCCUCGUGUUCAUGGUGACCGAGGAGUGGGACUACAUCGAGGGCCUGUACUACUCCUUCAUCACCAUCUCCACCAUCGGCUUCGGUGACUUCGUGGCCGGUGUGAACCCCAGCGCCAACUACCACGCCCUGUACCGCUACUUUGUGGAGCUCUGGAUCUACCUGGGGUUGGCCUGGCUGUCCCUGUUUGUCAGCUGGAAGGUGAGCAUGUUUGUGGAAGUCCACAAGGCCAUUAAGAAGAGGCGGCGGCGGCGGAAGGAGUCCUUCGAGAGCUCCCCCCAUUCCAGGACAGCCCUGAAGGUGGCGGGCAGUGGGGCCUCCAAGGACGUCAACAUCUUCAGCUUUCUGUCCAAGAAGGAGGAGACCUACAACGACCUCAUCAAGCAGAUUGGGAAGAAGGCCAUGAAGACGAGUGGGGGCGGGGAGAGGGGCGCGGGCCCAGGGCUGGGGACUCAGGGCGGCGGGCUGCCAGCCCUCCCCCCUUCCUUGGCGCCCCUGGUGGUCUACUCCAAGAACCGGGUGCCCAGCUUGGAAGAGGUGUCACAGACACUGAGGAGCAAAGGCCACGUGUCGAAGCCGCCCGGCGAGGAGGCUGGGACUCGGGUCCCCGCGGACGGCUCCUCCACCUCCGAGGUGCUCAGUAACCAGCUGGACCGCAUCAGCGAGGAGGGCGAGCCGUGGGAGGCCCAGGACUACCACCCGCUCAUCUUCCAGAACGCCAGCAUCACCUUUGUGAAUGAGGAGACUGGCCUCUCGGACGAGGAGACCUCCAAGUCCUCGCUGGAGGACAACCUGGCGGAGGAGAAGAGGCCCCCGCAGCGAGCGGAAGCCGAGGCACCCCUGAGCAUGGGCGAGUUCCCCUCCUCGGACGAGUCCACCUUCACCAGCACCGAGUCUGAGCUCUCCGUGCCCUAUGAGCAGCUGAUGAACGAGUACAAUGAGGCGAACAGCCCCAAAGGCACGUGAGGCAGGGCCGGCUCCCCACCCCACCUUCUACGGCUUCUUUCCCCUCACCCGGGGUGUCCCGUCCGUCAUGGCUGGGACCCCUGGCCCCUGGUGGGGGGCAGCCCUGGAACGGGGGGUGGGGGGCCAGGGGCCUUUUUACCUUCCAUCCCCUCCAGCUAGAUGCUACCGAUGGCAAUGGCACCUGCCCAGGACAGGGCCUCUGUCCUCCCGCUGAAUGGUUCUCUGGCUGCGGGGGCGUCUGUCCUGAGCUUGGCUGGUGUAGUGAUGAUUCACAGAUCUGCGGGCCGGCAGGACAGGCAGGCGCGGUGACCCUGAGGAGGCCUGUGCCUGCAUGGGUCUUCGCCCCGUCAUUUGGUUGAAUGUCACGGUUCUCUGAGGCCAAGGCCUCAGCUCUUUGAGUUCCCCAGUAUUACUGAGCAACUUCUGCGGGCCUGGUACUGAGCUACACGUUUUGGAGAGGGGGGUGGGUGUGUAAGACCCAGUUCUGCCUUUUCAAGCUCUAAAGUGUUUGGGGAGGCACAGCGGUGACUUGGGGACCGGGCAUUUCAGCACCUCAGCAGUAGCCGGCCCCGUCUCCCCUCCCGCCAAGGGCAAUAGAGCAGAGGCUGCGUGGGGAAGGAGAGGAGAGGAUGGGCAGAGGCUGGAACAGUCCUGAUUCGAAAGACCUGGAACAAGUCAAUGUGGGCCCAGGGUCUCAGUCCCACUUGUGGUCUGCCCAGCCGAGAGCCCCCGUCCCCUGUCUCAGGCCAAGCAAUGGCAGAUGCAAGGCUUUCUGCCCCACUGCCCCCCAGGUGGUAGAAGGAAGGGAGGGUGGCCAGGAAUGGCCACUGGAAGCUGGGCCUCCCGGGGCUGGGGGCCAGGGGGCUGCAGGCCCAGCCCUGGCGAUUCUGCCCUCCCGCUUCCUGGAAUGGCACAUCCCCCCUCCCGGUCUGAGGACCCACACUCCCCAUUCCGCUGUCUCCUGUGUGCCCAGAACAAGGACCUCACUGUCCCCUCCCCUCCCAUCAGCCCCCGUGGGCCAGGUCGGGUGAGGCCAGUUGCUCUUGGCUCACAAAUGGGCAGUGGCCAAAUAUGUGAAUCAAGCUCCUUUCUCCAGCUGCCGUUUAUCGUGCGUGCCUGCAUGUGCAUGCGUGUGCACAUGUGUGUAAGAAAGGAAAGGGUUUGGGCUGGAGAGCAAAAAAUAAUGUGAAGCUGUACACGGACUGUUUUUAGUAAGGGGUGGGCACACUCGCUGCUGCCGAAGUCCUUGGGGUCUCCGUGAUGCCCACCCUGUCCUGAAUGUUUUUGUUAUUUUUUUAAAUGAACUGCUGUUUUUAUAUACCUGGAAUCUGUUGUAGGCUUCAGAGCCAGUGGUUAAAGCACAGGGUCCCGAGGAUUGGGAUGUCCGAUGUCCACCCUGUGGGCCUGCCCUGGCGACCUCAGCCAAGGCUAUGACAAUCAAGGGCCAAGUCCCCAUGCAGAGCUCGAGAGGGACACAGGUCUGCAGGCGAGCCAAGGUGGGGGGAUCCCUCGCAGGCGACUGGAUGCCGGGCGGGGGCAGGUGACUGCAGCUCACAGCCCCUCCCUCACGCUGUGCGCUUCCCCCCUACUGUGGACAGACGGGGCCAGCCUCCCCCCAGACAUGCGAAGACUGUGGUGGGCAUGUGACCACACCCCACCCACCUUCUACCCGGUGUGGAGGUUGCCACCCCCGCAGGGGGCUGGGAAGGGGAGCGACCUUGUAUUUUCUGUGAAACGUUUUAAUGAGCUUGUCCUGUUGGCUGUCCUGGCAUGGCACACACUGUAUGUACAUACUGGCAAUGAUGUCAAAUGUAAUUUAUUUUAACAUUUUUACAAUAAAACGUGAGGUGAA